AUGUUUCAUUCCUACUUUCUCUUUGUUCUUUUAAUCUCAGCUCUCAGAAACACAGCUGCUAAUCCAGUCAGGGAUUUGAAAACAUGUCGAGAGUACACCCUUCCUGUCGACGUCACUUCCAUAAACUACAUUUGGGGACUACCGCAACUACAUACCAAUUAUGAUGCAGCGACUUUCAAUUCGAAGCUCGGAAGAUGGGAUGCUAAUGUCACGCUGAAUCCGAUAUCAGGUGGAGCUCAAGUUUCAGCAAGUUACCAAAUAUCCGGGACGUUCUGUGCUCCUGUCCGUGGUGGAAAUGGGAUCGUGCUUGUCGCUACUCAUGGGUUUGGGUUCGAUCGCAGUUACUGGAACCCAGAAAUCCAGCCCGAAAAGUAUAGUUUUGUUGACCAUGCAAUUUCUAAAGGCUAUUCCAUCUUCUACUAUGACAGACUAGGCAUCGGGAAAUCUUCAUCAAUCUCCGGCUACGUCGCUCAAGUCUCAGUCCAAGUCGCUGUCCUCAAACAAAUCGUAACUCAAGUCAAAGCCGGAAAGCUAUGCGCAACGACAAAGAAAGUAGUCCUAGUCGGCCAUAGUUUCGGAAGCGUAGUAUCCAAUGUUCUUUUGACAUCGAGUCCUCAACUAGUCGACGGUGUUGUACUUACAGGCAUUGGCUACGAUGUUCCAGAUACUGCGGUAGCGUUUGAGUCCUGGCAACCACGACUUGCUCGUUUGCAGAAUCCUAGGAAGUGGGGAUCAUUGGAUGGCGGAUAUAUGACUUGGGUUGAUAUCUGGUCGAAUGCUAUGACGUUCUUCAAAGCCCCUUUCUAUGAUACCAAAGUUGUUGAAUAUGCUGAGGCUAACAAGCAGCCCUUUGGAUUGCUUGAGGUUGUAACACUUCAGAUUACAGAUAGACACUCGCCUAACUAUACUGGACCAGCUUUGAUUAUGAGCGGCGAAUUCGAUCUUGUGUUCUGUAAUGGUUACUGUCCACCAAUACUCAACAACAAAGUCAAAGAAACAUUUCCGGUUUCCAAGGGAUUAGAAGUAUAUUCUCAACCAGGCUCUGGACAUGCUAUCAAUUUAUCCCUGAAUGCUACUGGCUCCUUCGAAGUUGUCACUGGCUUUCUGAAGCGACACGGGCUAUGA